GUGUUGGACUGCUUGCAGGACAAGAGAGUUGAGGGCUAAAAGUAAAGACGAGAAGAUUGAACUUUGAAAAAUUCAAACCUUCCAAACAAAUCAUCCUGUUCUAGGUGAGUCCUUUACCUUGCAAGCUUCAUCUAGAGAAGAACCUCCACAUUACAGAACCUAAGCUGUGACUGCUUUCUUGGUUUGUGUUUCUGAGGUAUCAGGAAGGUGAGUUGAAAGGUCAUUAAACAUGACUACCAUUCAUUACAUUGGUGGAAAUGGAGGCAGUCCAUUUACUUUGACUGGUUGUGACAAUGGUGCCACCCUCAGGAAGAUUGGAGUGGCAGUGGGGGGCUGGCAGAUCAAAGCCGUGCGGGCCGAACUGACCGACGGGCGUUUGGAGACAUUUGGAGAUGCACACAUUUUCAAAGAGUUUACGUUCAACCUUGGCGAGCGCAUCACCAAGCUGUCCCUGUGGGGGAACGGUAAAGGAACACGUCUGGGUGGCGUCAGGUUCUGGACGAGUUCUGGACGCGAGUUCUUUGCAUACAUGACCAGCUGGCCCCUGAAGACCGAGUUCUCUAUCGACGUGGGGUCUGGAGUCUGCCUGGGGUUGAAGGGGAGGGCUGGCUUAGACAUCGACUGCAUGGGAUUCCUCUUCAUCCCUGCCAUCAAGUCGUCUGUGCUAACCAACAUAACCUAUCCCAGCCUGGCCAUGUACACACCCCAGGUCAACAAAGAAUACAUCAAAUCGGUGUCUUACCACAAUGACACAACUUCGCCUCAACAGCAGAAAUGUACCUACAGCAGAUCUGUGACCAAGUCUAACACCUGGAGCACCACCAGUAGUAUUGAGUCCAUCGUCAGCAUGACCGUUAAAGCAGGGAUCCCAGGUCUGGUGGAGGUGUCUGGUGGGUUCAGCCUGACCAUAGGAAGGGAGCAGUCCUCCUCAAUGAGCCACACGGAGACCAUAACAGAAUCCGAUGAGGUCAAUGUGAAGGUCCCGGCAGGAAAGACCGUGAGCGUUAAGUUCUCAGUGGGACGAGCAGUCAUCGACCUCCCCUACUCGGCCAAAGUGAAAAUCACAUGCCUGGAUGGCAGCAACCUGACCUUCAAUUCCACUGGCAACUACAAUGGUGUGGCUUACACUGCAGUGCAUGUAAAUACCACUGAGUCUGAUAAAGUUAUGAAUGUUGAAUAAGAUGCAUCAACAUCUUACUGUGCACACUUUUAAUAUUCAUUGCAUAACAUUGAUUUGUACGCUAGUGCAGAGCCAUGUGAUCUUGCUAAAUGAAUUAGUCUGUCUCCCUGAUCACAUUGUUUAACGUUUUAAUCUUAUUGUGCACAAU